AAUCUUUUGCCUUCACGAAGAAAAGAUACAGGCUGCAAGGAUGGUGGCUGACUGAUAAAUUGAUAUCAGAAUACCAGCUGUUCAAACCAGUCUAAUCUCUUGGUUGGAGGAAGAGGAAUUGAGCACAUUGCCUAUAGGAGAUCUCCAAGAAUGGCAACUUAAACCAAAAAGUGUCAGAACCUCAGCAGGAUAUUUUUUGGUUAAAAACAUCAAAUUUCCUACAAAUGGCAGAAAGCCACCACGGAGGGGCACUCCGUGACCGUGAACAGCCUGGAGAUGUCUUCAGUGAACACUCAUGCCUUAAGAAGACACACAUGGUAACUGAAAACACAAGAAACACUUACGACAGUAAUGAGAAUGGAGAAAACUCUCCUCCUCUGCACAAGAAAACUCCUACUGGAGAGAAACUUUCUGUGUUGAAUCAGUGUAGAAAAGCCUUCAGCCUGUCACCAGAUGUUCACCAGGGAAUGUGCUUGGGAGACAAAUCCUUUGAAUGCAGUGAAUAUGAGCAAGCUUUUGUUAAUCAGUCGUACCUUCAGGCACAUGGGAUUGCUCACAAUGGAGAAAAACUCUAUGAGCAAGAACCAUGUGGGGGAGCUUUCACAUACUCCACAAGUCACGCUGUGUCUCUUCCAAUGCAUACUGUACAAAAACCCUACGAAUGUAAGGAAUGUGGAAGAUUCUUCCGAUGUACUUCAUACCUUAAUAGUCACAUGCGAACACACACGGGGGAGAAACGCUACGAAUGUAAGGAAUGUGGGAAAUGUUUCACGGGUUCUUCACACCUAGUAGAACAUGUAAGAAUUCAUACUGGAGAGAAACCCUAUGAAUGUAAGGAAUGUGGAAGAGCCUUCACUGGGCGCUCAGGCCUUACUAAACAUGUACGAACACACACUGGAGAGAAGCCCUAUGAAUGUAAUGAAUGUGGGAAAGCCUAUAAUAGGCUUUAUUUACUAACUGAACACUUUAAAACUCACACCGAGGAGAAGCCCUUUGAAUGUAAGGUAUGUGGAAAAUCCUUUAGAAGUUCCUCAUGCCUUAAGAAUCACGUUCGAAUUCACACUGGAAUCAAACCGUAUAAAUGUAAGGACUGUGGGAAAGCCUUUACUGUUUCCUCAAGCCUACAUAACCAUAUAAAAACUCACACUGGAGAGAAGCCGUAUGAAUGUAAGGAAUGUGGGAAAGCCUUCGCUACAUCUUCACAGCUUAUUGAACAUAUAAGAACACACACUGGAGAGAAACCGUAUAUAUGUAAGGAAUGUGGCAAAACCUUCCGUGCUUCUUCACACCUCCAGAAACAUGUUAUAAUUCACACUGGAGAGAAACCGUAUAUAUAGAAACCUUAUAAAUGUACGGAAUGUGGGAAAGCCUACAACAGGUUUUAUUUACUAACUAAACACUUAAAAACACACACUGAAGAAAAACUCUUUGAAUGAAAGGAAUGCAGAAAAUCCUUUAGGAAUUUCUCAUACCUUAAUUAUCACAUUCGAAUUCACACUGUUCAGUUUUCUUGGUAUAAAGAAUGUGGGAAAGUCUUCAGGUGUCCCCAGCCACUUCUAAGACAUCAAAGAACUCACAGUCUCAAGAUCCCCCAUGCAUUUUGG